CAAAUCGUUUUCUCUAUUUUUUCUUGAGAAUAGUUGGGGGAAUCAGAGACAGAGAUACGCCCAAAGAGAAACAAAGAAGGAAACACAGUAGAACCAGAGAAGAAAACCUCAAUUUUACACACUAAAUACACUCAAAUCUCUUCUCACACAACAAGAGAAGCGAAAGAAGAGAGAAUCUAGAGCUACAAAGAGCUUUUCCCCCCCAAAUUUGGACUUGUUUUGUUGCUUUUCUUCCUCGUUUCCAUCUUUUCCAUUCAUUAUGCCUUCUGUUUCUUGUUAAUCUCUGUUUGAGCGAGAUACGAGAGAGAUCUUGUCCUUCUACAUUGCCUACUCUGUAGCGGACAAGGUAAUCUCGCUACCCAAUCGCCCAAUCACUUUCUUUCAUCCUCCCACUUGAUUUCCCCCCUUGGAAUUUCAUCCUUAUCCGCCUGAAUCGAGCUGCGUUUGCCCUUUUAAUCGAUUCCCUAUAAUUGCAUAGGUAUUCUUUUUCAGGGUUUUGAUUCUAUCUAUCCGUUUCUUUUCGCAUUCGAAAAGAUUUCUUUGGAUUCCCAGGUUUUUUGUUUUUGAGUAAUGGAAAUUUAGGGUUUUGGUACUGCCUAUGUGCUCAUGUAUUCGGUGGAUUUUCUAGGGUUUUGACGGAUCGUAACUGGGUGGCUCUCCAAUUUAUCGGUUUUGCACUAAUUAGGGUUUGAUAUCGACUCUAUGGAUUGAAAGUAUGAUUGUGACUGGGACAUCGGGCUUUCUCUAGAAUGGGCUGGAGCUCCGAUCGUUCGUAGGAUUCUGGUUUUAGUCUGUUCUUUGCCAAGGCUGCGAUUCUAAAACUGUAACGCACCACUAGAAUGAAGUGAACUUUGCUGGUUUGAUCAUGGAAGAGGAUUGCACAUUAUAGACUUGUUUUUGUCAGUGAUCAGUCUCAAUCCAAUCAGUUUCUUGGAUUACAAGGGAUUUGCGAUACUGUUUCUGGUGUUUCAUCUCUAAUUUGGGAAUUCUAUUGGUUUAAACAGGAGAUUAUAAUCUGCCCAAGAGAAAAAUCAAGAGACCAUUGCGUUGAAUCAUCGACAUUUUCCACGAAUUGAUCGGGAGAACUAAUUUGUGCUAAAAUUGUUUCCAAGGACUUCUUUUUGUCUGCGUUUCGAUUGAUAUAGGUUUUCUCUUAUAUUCGGGAAUCGGGUUAGAAUUCGUUUAGUUCAGUGCCAGAGUUGGCUCAUAAUAUAUACACUUUUUGUUGAGAAUUUUGGAAAUAUCUCUGUUGGCCUGUGCUUAUUAUUCCUGUACUUGUGUUUAUAAGUCGGAAGAGUUCUCUGCGGUUUGGGAAUUGCAUCUGUGGGACUGACUAAGAAGCACAUGGAGGAGUAUUGAAGCUGGCAAUGAAUGCAAGGACAUGGUGCAUGGACAGCAGCUUAGUUUCUUGUUCGUUCCCUUUUCAGAACAGUGCUUCUGGAAAAUAGUUUUAGCGUUUUCGCCUGUGGAAAAAGCUCGUGUUUUUUGUCUAAGUACUCUGCGUAAUGUCGCGCUGCUUUCCAUUUCCGCCACCGGGAUAUGAAAAGAAGUCUAGGGCUGAGGAUGCGGACCUACUAAAAAAGGAGAAAAGCAAAGAAAAAAAGCAUAAAAAGGAGAAGAGGGAGGGUAAAGAAAAAAGAGAUAAGGAUAAAAGUGAUGAGAAACGCCGUGAAAAGAAAGAAAAAAAGAAAGACAAAGACAAAGACAGGGACAGGGACAAGAAGAAGGAUAGGGAUAAGGAGAAGGAGAGUCGACCUUCGGGGAAAACUGGGAAUCAAAAUGGGGAGGCGGUUGUUCGAGUCAAACAUAACAGUGUCGAAGACGAGAAGCAUACUGCGCAACUCGAUUCGUGCAUUGGAAAUAAGAUUAGUCAGAAUGCCUUUUUUCCUAAGGAGACGAAGAAUUCAAAAACGGUGCAGGAGGUGGGGAGGAGAAUUGAGGACGGUGGAGCUGCAAAGCUCGGGAAACUUGCAGUUGCACAACCGAAAAAGGACGACAGAAUGGCCACACAGAUGGCUAGGAAUUCCGAGACCAUGUUUGAAGGCAUGGAACACAACAAGAACAAGAAAAUUGAUGAAAGAAACUACAAUGGUCAAGGAAUUAGACACGAGGAAAGGUUUAGUGGAAAUUCCACGAUCCCGAGUUCCACCACAACCGCAACUGCAACUGUUGAAUCUGGAGUUGCAGGAAUGGUUAAACAAUUGGAUAAAAGUGCCGAGAGAAAGAAAGAAGCAAACGAUAAAAUCGGACCGAAAGAAGGUGAAGAAAAACGAGGGAGCAAACACAAGGAUAAAGAUAAAGAGAAGAAAGGACGACGGGACGAUAAAGAGAAGAAAAAGGAAAAGAAAGCGAAGAAGGCGGAAGAGAAGAACGCCAUGGUAGAUAAAACGAAAGAGAUCAGUAAGGAUAACGUAUUAGGUAGACUUUCUACGAAUACGAAUACAUCACAGCUUGCUGACAGCAACAUAGGUGCUGCAGUUGAGGAAAACUUGAUUAAGAAACGGAAGGAUUUUGAGCCUAAUGGAGUGUUGCAUGAAAUCGACAACAGACCGAGUAAGUUGUCGAGACCCGCUUCUCAUCCAUUGAAAGAAAAUGGUAGGAUACUGGAACCGUGCUCGAUUUCCCCGUCGCCACCUCCUUCAGAGAGACAGGCUUUGGGAAAUGACGUUAUUUUGGUUGGUAAAGAACGGAAGAUUAAUGGCGUCAUUGACGCUCACCACCCACCUGCGUCUUCGAAACACAAGUCGGGCGGCCAAGACGAUCAUCCUCAACCUACUGCAACACCUAAAAGAUCUCCCCAUCCAGAUUCGAAGCUCUUGAGCCAGGUAUAUUCAGUGCCCAAAAUGGAGGAAUUGUCUGAUUCUGAUAACCAAGAUUGGUUAUUUAGCAGCAGCAAACCCAAGUUAGAAGCUUCAGCGAUGGCUGAGGAUACGUCGCAGGUAUGGGCCGAGGCAAUCCAGAUAGACUCGGUUGACGUUUUUGCUCUUCCUUACGUUAUUCCGUACUGAUGAUCUCAUAAACUGGACUCUAUCUGACUGGGGUAGACCCCAACCUUGAAUCGUGUCGGAGUGGGUGAUUCACCGACAGCCUUGUCACACCAACUCCCUCGAACACGAGAGAGCACGGUUCUGCUCUUCUUCCACCGUGUUCCUGGCUCUGUUCUUGCAGCCGGGGCUGGACUUGAUUUUGGUAAAAUAUCAUGACUCUCAUGUUGUUGAUUGGAUGGAACAGCAUCUGGAUUGAUCUUGGUCGUUGAGGGGUGGGCACAAUCGCCGGGCAACACGUCUUGGACAAGCAUGACGGUGACACGGUGGUGGUUUUUGAGUUAGGAGAUUCAAUAACUAAUUCAUUGAAAUGAGAGAAUUCAUAAAGGCAGCUCUGGGAGGUUGGCCUGAAAAGAGAGAGGUUUGUGGUUAUAUCUUAUUUGAUCUGCUUGGAGCUGAAAAAAAGCACUUUCUAAUUGAGAAAUGUGUAAGGAAUUAGAUGUGGUCUUUACAUCUCCACCACAAUUUUGAUUUGUAUCAUACAAACUUUUAUUUACAGAAAUGUAAGAUAAAGGGAAAAAGGAAGGAAGGAAAAUUAGUGCAAAAUUCAUUUAUGAGCU